AUGGAAUAUCAUGAAAAGCCACAGCUUGAUCAAGUGGGUAAAACUCUGGAGGUGACGAUGAUGAUGAUGAUGAUGAUGAUCGAUGGUAGUAAAGCUGAAGAUGCCAGCGCCACGUUCCUUGCUGAUAAGAGGGAUGUUAACAGAAUUAACCAAGCAACUUGGUUGACAGCACUCGCUGAGAGAAAACGUCAAUUGGCCCAGGGUAAAGUGAUUGACUCAUAUUCCUACAAUACCCCUCAAAAGCCGGUUAUUCAGGACAAGACCCGCGCAGAGUCGUUCAGUUAUUUGGUGUUGCCAUUCAAGGAGGAUCCUUGGCUCACUGAUUUCUAUGCAAGCGCAGCUGGUAGAAUGCGUAUGGGUCAAAUCUUUCAAGAUUUAGAUGCCCUUGCUGGAAGAAUUGCCUAUAGACAUGUCAGUCCUGCCAUGCCGAUUAUUGUGACAGCAAGUGUUGAUAGAAUCUACAUGGUUAAAAGAGUAGAUGACAUCCAGAACAAGAACUUUAUUCUGUCAGGCUCUGUUAUCUGGACUGGUAGAUCCUCAAUGGAAAUUGUUAUCAAGGCAUCUGCUACUGAUAAAGACGUCAAGAAGGAUUUGAAAGAGGAAGAUAUCAAAGAGGAGGACGUAUUCCUCACUGCGAACUUCACCUUUGUUGCGAGAAACCCUGAGACCCAUAAAUCAUUCCCUGUUAACAGGUUACUACCAAUCUCUGAAAAGGAAUGGAUCGACUUCAGAAGGGCAGAAUCCCAUAACGCUGCAAAGAAGCUGGCCGCUACAAAGGAGACAUUAUCUAAGAAGCCACCAACAGCUGAAGAAUCACAGAUCAUCCAUAACAUGUAUCUUGAAUCGAAGAACCUUGAAUCACUCCAAUCCAUGCCAAAAAACAUUGGGUUUAUGAAGGAUACAGUGACAAAUUCAACCUCGUUCAUGCAACCCCAGUACAGAAACAGACAUUCCUAUAUGAUCUUUGGUGGUUACUUGAUGAGACAAACUUUUGAAUUGGCUUACUGUAAUGCUGCUGCUUUCUCUCAUGCAUUCCCAAGAUUUGUGUCUUUGGACUCCACUACUUUUAGAGCACCAGUUCCUGUGGGUUCCGUGCUCUACAUGAAAUCAACUGUUGUCUAUACUGAGCACAUUCACGAAGCAGAAGUUCGUUCUAAGGAAGCCUUCAAGGAACACCAACAAGAAUUUGGUGGCUUGUUGAACUUUGACACUACACCUGCUAACAAGCUCACAAAUGAUCCGGAUGAUUUCUUGAACAGACCAGGAACUUUGAUCCAAGUGAAAGUUGAUACAUCUGUUAGAGCAUUGAACGAUGAGAAAACUACUCCUUCUGGAUCAUUCAUUUACUCAUAUUUCGUCCCAAGAGACGCUACUCAAGAAGGUGAAAGUGACCCAGGUUACUGUUCUGUGAUUCCUGAAACAUACUCCGAGAUGAUUGAAUUCAUUGAAGGUAGAAGAAGAGCCCAAGCUACAGCUCGUUAUGGAGAACAAAUCAAGAGCCAAGCUUUGUAA